GAACCCCCGCCAGUGGCGCGGGCUGUGUGGCGGGGAAGCCCGGCCGCGGGGGCCGCGGGGCCGCCGGGCCGCCGAGAGGACGGUGGGGCGGAGCGGGGCACGCGCGGAGGGCCUGGCUGGGCCCCCCCGCGGCCCGCCACGAUGGACCCGUUCCUGGUGCUGCUGCACUCGGUGUCGAUCGGCCUGUCGAACGACGAGCUGACCGAGCUCAAGUUCCUGUGCCGGGGCCGCGUGGGCAAGAGGAAGCUGGAGGGCAUGCAGAGCGGCCUCGACCUCUUCAACGUGCUGCUGGAGCAGAACGAGCUGGACUCCGAGCACACCGAGCUACUGCGCGAGCUGCUCGUCUCCCUGCGGCGCCAGGACCUGCUGCAGCGCCUGGACAGCUUCGAGGCGGGCGCGCCGGGCAGGGCCCCGCCGGAGGAGCGAGACCUGCGUGCCGCAUUUGACAUCAUCUGUGAUAAUGUGGGGAAGGACUGGAGAAGACUGGCCCGGCACCUUAAAGUGACGGACACCAAGAUCGAUGCCAUCGAGGAGAAGUAUCCCCGAAAUCUGACAGAGCAGGUGAGGGAGUCGCUGAGAGUCUGGAAGAGCACCAAGAGGGAGGACGUGACAGUGUCGCACCUGGUGAGGGCGCUCAGGGCCUGCCAGCUGAACCUGGUGGCCGACCUCAUCGUGGAGGAUCAGCAGGCCCGCGGCCACGAGAACGAGGGCGAGAACGCGCCCGGUAGAGGCGGUGGCGGCAGCAUCGCCGUGUCCCUGACGUCCUGUGACUCAGAUGGGCCCGCCGUGGGGACCCCCUGGUGACCCAACUGCCCUUCUCCGGGGGCCCGAGGGCAUCCGCACAGCCCGAACUUGGGUCCCCCCACCAAGGUUGACCAAGUGCCUCCGCGCACCGGUGCUGUGAAGACCUAGCAGUGAGCCAGGACGAGGGACCCCAGUGCUCGAGCCACGGCUGACCCCUCAGAGCCAGCAUUCACUGAGUGCUUGCUCCAUGCCUGGCAGGGCUUCGGGCGCCAUGCAGAUGCCUUCAUUCGAGCCUCAUGAUCGCCCUUGAGGGGGAGAGCCUUUUGUCCCUGGAAAUGAGUCUCUGCAGGAGGAAGUUUUGGGUCCACGCCCAGCACAUAGAAGGAACGUCAGAGUCAGCAGUGAUCAGUGUUGUUACUCCACAGGUGGGGGACCUGUGUGCGGUUGGCGGCUGGAGGAAGUCCGUAGCAGGGGGCGAGCUGGGGGUGGAAGCGAGGCUGUCAGGCUCCAGAGCCCACGCGGUCAUCCCGGGUCACUCUGUUGCUGCCACAGUCGGCCAGAGGCUCUGAGGCCAUCCGCAUCGACCUGUACACCAGGGGAUACCCGGUGAGCUCCUGGCCCUUGAGGCUGUCGGGAGGGGGUAGUAAGCCUGGGGGGAUGGCCUGCGUUGGGACUGUUAAGUGCCCAGGGGUGAUUGACACAGUCAGUGCCCUACAAACAUCAGUCCUUAGCAAUACUAGGACUUCUGCGAUGCCACAGCUUAUUACUGUUUUAUGUCAAAAUCACCGUUCUGAUAACAGGGUCCUGUAAUUUUAAAAAAGUGGUCUUUCUGCUUCUAAGGUAAUCCUGCUAAAGCUUAUUCCUUUACAGUGGGAAACUCCAUAUUACAAAGAAUUUUACAUUCCUAUUAAGGAUUCCUUCAUUUCCCAUAUUCUCGAAAGUCCCAUUGUGGUCAAUUUCAGUACCCCUUGCCGCUUCUCUUAGGCUGAGCCAUGAACAGGGUAGCUGGACUUCAUAACAGCUCCAGGAGCCACUAACAAGGGGAGCAUCUGCGCUCAGCAGACUGGUCUGCUAGAGGCUACCUUUCACCAGCUUCAGGCCCACCUGCUGCUGAAGGGCAUCAGAGAGCCAAGUGGCCGUCCCUCGUUCAGGCCUUCCAGCUGUGACCUUGGGAAAGCCACACGUGAUGUCAUGCCGUGCCACCGUGGCCUUACAUGGCUGAGGUCCUGAACACACUGUCCUGCUAAGCUAUGGACCAGCCUUUGAGCCCCUGCACGCCUUCAGCAAGUACAUGCCCAUGCCGGGCAUGGCGAAGGGCUGGGGCCACCACAGGAAAUGAGAGAGACGUGGCCCUGCACUGUAGACCUCAAGCUCCUGGCCAGGAAUACAAGUUCAAGCAGUUCACAAGCUCAGGGUGCCGCCGAGGCCCUGAGCCUGUUUCAAGCCCACACCGGCGCGGCCUGGCCCUGUGUGGUGCACUGUGCAUUUCCCCACCUGCCGGCCAGCACCCCUGUUCUUCAGGCGGAGGGGCAGAGCUAGCUCUGUGGAUAACAGACACGUCAGCACUGUCGAUAAAUGUCAGAGGCUUGGCUGACGGGUAGCUUUGGGAAGUAGGUUUGCUGAAAAGUACGUCCCUAUUUCUUGAACAGAGGCAGAUUUCAGAGGUUCUUCCAUUCCCUCAUGGCUUAUGAGAUAAGCUACUGAAAGGGUAAAUGCCAGACAUCCUGACAUGCACCCGACGUCCCCCUGCAUGCCUCUCACACCCGGAAGAAGCACCCAGCCGUCCAUCACACCACGAGUCAUGAUAGAGGCUUUGAUGACCUGUGAUUUCUGCACCUGAAAUUUUCCACGGCCAGCGAGCACACCGGGCCUGGUCCCCAGCUCUGCCACCAGCUCGCUCCUGUGGUCCGUCUCUCAGUCCUGCAUGCUGUGAAGGCACCGGGUGUCAUCCCGUACCACCCCCCACCCCCGCACUCACACCCCAGGACCUCCAUGGAGAGCAGCUCCUGGCCACACGGUGAGGGAGACGGAGCUGGGCUCUGGAACACCGCACGUGACCUCCUCUCGAGGCUGAGAUCUGAUUCCGAGACUUGGAGAAGAUGGUGGGCAAAGAGAGGCUCCAUCCUGCGCCUGUAGGCCAUGCCCGCCACCCAUUUCCAGGGGCCCGGAGGUGGGCCGGCCCCCGUACCAGGGCAGAGCCGUAGAGCAUGGUGAUGGGCACCUGCACAAGCAGCUGCCCCCCAGCAGAUGCUGGUGGAGCCAGAUGGAGGCACCCGUUUGUUCGGCCAGUUCACACAUCCGCGGGCCGGAGGCUUCCGCCCUCACCAGCACCGUGCGACACUUGGGGCGCGACAGCAGGACAAGCAGCCUGCCCUCAGGAAGCACAUAGCUUCCCUACUUUGUGAAACGAAAGGGAAAGUGUAAUGAAAGUAAACACAGGCCUAUAGCAAAAGCACAAAUGCGUAUAUGGGCACUGGAAGGGGAAAGAUACACGGCAAAUCUUUGAGAAUGAUUGUUUUUAAAUGAUAUUUAUACUUCCUAUAUUUUCUACAUUUCCUGUAAUGUGUUUUCAUUGUCCACCAGAUACAGGAAUAGGUGUAACCUGGACUGUUUGGUGGGAGUGUCCCCAGAGAGCCGCGGAGCAUGGGGUCCACCCCUGGCUCUGCCCCUUGUGGCUUCAUCACCCUAAAAAGGGAUGAUUCGGCAAAUAUAAAGUGCUUGCCCAAAUCUGUGGCAACUUGUUCCUCAGGUACCUCAAAAAUAAGCAGUGACAUUUCACCCAGAGCCGCGGAGGUUCUGUUCCUCAUGAUCUCACUACAAUGGGGCCAGCCCGUGGCCGCUCGUCCUCAGAUGUCGCUUGUCACUCUCACAUCUGAGCAUUUUCCCCACCGAUGAUUUGAAGCAGCGCUUCAAGGGAGAAGGUGUUCCGGGACGGGUCUGACUGACGUCUGAUUGGAACUAGGACCUUUGUGGUGGGACCAGUGACACCCCGCCCUGGCUGGGGGGGGGUGGCUACAAUUUUUAGAGGAAUUUGUCAGGGCAACUUCACAAAAAAACAAUUCAUGUUCCAUUUAUAUUUUUUGUAGGACUUUUUUUGUGAGAGUUGUAGUUCCAGUAAAGGUUGCACACAAGUCAUCUCCUGAGAAAGACGGCGCAAAGGCCCAAGUGUAAAUGCUUUGUGGGAGCUUUCAGGCCAGUGAAGGGGAGUUUGGCUGAGUGUUUCCUGGAAGAGAGGGCCAACUCCCUAGUCUCGUGCUCCCGCCAGGUUUCCCGGCUUCAUACCCUCCCCUUCUGCCCCCCCACCCCAGCCAGCCCCCCUGCGCUGUGGACAUGCAUACACGUGGAGCCCUGUCAGGCCCUUCCAGACCCUUUUGAAGGUUCGCACUGGGGCAGGGUCGAGGCAGACCCUCCCCCGUCCGAUCUCGUCUCCUGUUGCGUCUUCCUCCCUAGCACCGCAGGACCACGCCCUGUGUCUCCACCCCCACCCCCCCACCCCCGCCGAGCUGCACCUGUGAGGUCCCAGGUUACCAAACCCAUUGUGUACUUGUGGUCUGUUGCUCAACCUCCGCAGCAGUUGAUGCUUGUCUUGAUAAUUGCACGACAUUUUCUCCCGCUGUUUCUUCCUCUGGCCACCGCAUCGCAGACCCCACACCCCGUCCCUGCAUGUCCAGAACCCUCUUCCCACUCAGCACCCAGGGAAGCCAGGCCCUUGGCCUCAGCCGCCAGGUCCCCGGUGCCUGCCACGUGGUUCUCUGAGACCCCAGACCCCUACUGUCAGCUGCCGAGGGGCCACACCUUUUGCCAUGUAAGCGCACGUUCACGGGUCCAGGAUUAGGCCGUGGGCAUCGUGGGGGGUCAGGCAUUAUUCUGCCCAUGGCACGCAGACUCCGUAUUUCCCCCUGCCUGCGUCCACUUCUACACCUGGCACCACAAUCCACCCAGUUGCCAAAGGUGCAGACCAGGCCCCCUCCCCCUUGGGUCUUGAUCCCAUGUAUAACAGCCUCUCCUUUCCGCCCCCUCUCUUAUCCCCCCCACGGAGCCCCAUCCCUUCUCUCGAGGACCCCACCCUCCAUCAGGCCCCAGACAAAAGCAGAAUCCGACUACAGGCCCCUGACUGUUCUUAGCAACCGCAAGCUCCCUGCGUCUGUGUUAGUUUUGUGUUUGUAUUUCCAUGAUACCGACUCUGAGUCACCUUGCUGACGGCUUUCUAGCCACGUGAUGCUGUGCGUUAUGUUGGGACCCGGCGGGCAAGUGGGACUUGGAGCGGCAUUUGCUCACGUGAAGAUGGCCAGUCACCCGACAUAUGCUGAUGGAGACAGGACUUCCCUUCUGCAGGGAAAAUUGGCAGUGGAGAUCCCCUUUUAUCACAGAAGCCCUGUGUCUUAAGUCCCCGACUAAGUGACAUGGACGGCAGGAGUCACAUGUGUGUGCUAACCGCAUUAAUUCUCACCAAGGAACAGAGACCGAUUCAGUGCCUGAAUGGAGUCCUCACUGAGCCAGAGCACGUGACCCGUGGAUGGGAGCUUUCGUGGUAUGGCUUGAACAGAAAAACAUCCCGGGCCCUUUGAGUCACCCCAGGCAUCAUGCAGGUGCGAGGCCUCCUGAGUUCCCAAACCUGCCUGUCAAUGUGGAUGGUGGGGGUGUGUCUACCCAACAGUGUGAAGGCGCUCAGUGGCCCUCAAAAAAUGGCUACAAGGGUAAAUUUUGUGUACAUUUUACUACAAAAAAACAUACCUCGUAUUAAAUAAACUAUGAAUUUCAUUGUGCUAUUAAUCUAAA